AUGUCUGGUCGCGGUAAAGGAGGAAAAGGUCUCGGCAAAGGUGGUGCCAAGCGUCAUCGAAAAGUGUUACGUGAUAACAUCCAAGGUAUUACAAAACCAGCAAUUCGUCGUCUAGCCCGUCGUGGUGGUGUAAAACGUAUAUCGGGUUUAAUCUACGAAGAAGUUCGAGGUGUAUUGAAAAUAUUUUUGGAAAAUGUUAUACGUGAUGCUGUCACAUACACUGAACAUGCCAAACGGAAAACGGUUACUGCAAUGGAUGUUGUUUACGCAUUAAAACGUCAAGGACGAACAUUAUAUGGUUUUGGUGGUUAA